GGAGACGGUUAUUUCCUCGAAAUCGGAGACCUGCGACAACGAAAAGCAUAGCGGCGAAGGAAGCGAUGAGCUGCAGCCAGCGAUUGACAUAGCGGUCGUGGGUGAGCAUAACCGUAAGGCGAAACAUGUAGAUGUAGAAGAGGAAGAAGUAGAAGUAAAGCGAAUUAUGGACGGUGCUGAAGGUGAUGGUGCGACAGAUCCUGCAACGGGCACGGAACAUGCUGAAAGGGUACACAACCUCAAGGAUCAGGACGACCAAGUUCCUCCGGCUCCUCACGAGGGACAGAAAGAAGAUCAUGAAGUCGAAGUUAUCGUAGAUGAUGAGCAAGAAGCAUC